GCGGAGCGACAUGAAUCGUCCUGCGUCGAAAAUCUUCAAUAGAACUGCCGGUUAUAGCAGUUUGAUAACCUUUGCGGUGCUAUUGAUUGCCUGGCUAGCCGGCUUUUCCUCGCGUCUCUUUGCCGUCAUCCGAUUCGAGUCGAUUAUUCAUGAGUUCGAUCCAUGGUUCAAUUACCGGGCCACGGCCUAUAUGGUCCAGCAUGGUUUCUACAAAUUCCUCAACUGGUUCGAUGAGCGGGCGUGGUAUCCGUUGGGCCGCAUUGUGGGCGGUACCGUCUACCCCGGCCUGAUGAUAACAUCGGGCAGUAUCCACUACCUGCUGCAUGCGUUGAACAUUCCAGUGCAUAUACGUGAUAUAUGCGUAUUCCUUGCGCCUGUAUUCAGUGGUCUGACCGCCAUCUCGACGUAUUUGCUAACCAAAGAGCUGUGGUCAUCGGGUGCUGGUCUAUUUGCGGCCAGUUUUAUUGCCAUCGUGCCGGGCUAUAUCAGUCGUUCGGUAGCCGGUUCAUAUGAUAACGAAGGCAUUGCCAUCUUUGCCCUGCAGUUUACUUAUUUCCUGUGGGUGAGAGCGGUGAAGACGGGUUCGGUGUUCUGGUCGGUGGGAGCUGCCUUGUCCUACUUCUACAUGGUCUCAGCCUGGGGUGGCUAUGUGUUCAUCAUUAACUUGAUCCCCUUGCAUGUGUUUGUGUUGCUGAUUAUGGGCCGUUAUUCGCUACGCCUGUUGACCAGUUACAGUACCUUCUAUAUAUUGGGCCUGAUCUUGUCGAUGCAGAUUCCAUUUGUCGGCUUCCAACCCAUUCGCACCAGUGAACAUAUGGCUGCUGCGGGUGUCUUCUUGUUGCUGAUGGCUGUGGCCGCAUUGAAACAUCUACAGACGGUGCUAUCGAAGAGUGAAUUCAAGAGGCUGUUUAUUGUGGGAGGUCUUUGUGCUGCCGCUGUGGUAUUCCUCGGUGUUGUGGCUUUGACCAUCAUGGGAGUCAUUGCUCCAUGGAGUGGUCGUUUCUAUUCUCUGUGGGAUACUGGUUAUGCUAAGAUCCACAUUCCCAUCAUCGCCUCCGUAUCGGAACAUCAACCGACCACUUGGUUCUCAUUCUUCUUUGACCUGCACAUUUUGGUGUGUGCCUUCCCAGUGGGUGUGUGGUAUUGUGUGAAGAAGAUCAACGAUGAGCGUGUCUUUGUGGUGCUAUAUGCCAUCAGUGCGGUAUACUUUGCCGGUGUUAUGGUGCGUCUAAUGCUGACUCUGACACCUGUGGUAUGUAUGUUGGCCGGUGUGGCAUUCUCUGGACUAUUAGAUGUUUAUCUGAGAGAGGAUAACACCUGUCCUGCUGCAGUAAAUGCUGCCGCCAACAGUGAGGAAAAUGAUGAAAGCCCAACAGAAAAGAAGUUGUUGUAUGACAAGGCUGGCAAAUUGAAGCAUCGUGUGAAGCACGAUACCCAACAGCAAGAGGGUACCAAUGGUGUUGGCUCCAAUCUCCGUAGCAUUGUAAUUCUGGCCAUUUUAAUGAUCCUCAUGAUGUUUGCCGUUCAUUGUACCUGGGUAACCAGCAAUGCCUAUUCUAGUCCCUCCAUUGUUUUGGCUUUCCACAACAGCCAGGAUGGAUCCCGCAAUAUUUUGGAUGAUUUCCGUGAGGCCUACUAUUGGUUGUCGCAAAACACCGCCGAUGAUGCCCGCAUUAUGUCCUGGUGGGAUUAUGGUUAUCAAAUAGCCGGUAUGGCAAAUCGAACUACCCUGGUGGAUAACAAUACUUGGAACAACAGUCACAUAGCCUUGGUGGGUAAGGCCAUGUCCUCCACCGAAGAGAAUGCUUACGAAAUUAUGACCUCCUUGGAUGUGGAUUACGUUUUAGUAAUCUUUGGUGGUGUUAUUGGCUAUUCGGGCGAUGAUAUCAACAAAUUCCUGUGGAUGGUACGUAUUGCCGAGGGUGAACAUCCCAAGGAUAUCAAGGAAAGUGAUUACUUUACCGAUCGUGGUGAAUUCCGUGUCGAUAGUGAAGGUGCCCCAGCCCUACUCAAUUGUCUGAUGUACAAGUUAAGUUACUAUCGUUUUGGUGAGUUGAAGUUGGACUAUAGAGGACCCGCUGGAUAUGAUAGAACACGUAAUGCUGUAAUUGGUAAUAAAGAUUUUGAUUUAACCUAUCUGGAAGAGGCCUAUACCAGCGAACAUUGGUUGGUACGCAUAUAUCGCGUGAAGAAACCGCACGAAUUCAAUCGACCCGCCCUUAAGGCUGACGAACGUCUUGUAUCGCCCACCAACUUUGUAUCACGUAAAAACUCGAAACGCAAGCGUGGUUAUAUUAAGAGCAGACCCGUUGUAGUCAAAGGCAAAAGAAGUCAAAAAUAAAU